AUGCCUGAAGAAAUGCAGACCGAAACUGCGGAGGUGGAGACCUUCGCCUUCCAGGCGGAGAUCGCCCAGCUCAUGUCACUGAUCAUCAACACAUUCUACUCAAACAAAGAAAUCUUCCUUCGAGAGCUGAUUUCCAACUCAUCGGAUGCUUUGGACAAAAUCCGGUAUGAAUCACUCACUGAUCCCUCGAAGCUUGACAGCGGAAAGGAGUUGUACAUUAAAAUCAUUCCUUGCAAGAGCGAAGGCACCUUGACGAUUAUUGAUUCGGGUGUCGGUAUGACAAAGGCUGAUUUGGUCAACAAUCUUGGUACCAUCGCUAAAUCUGGCACAAAGGCUUUCAUGGAGGCCCUACAGGCAGGCGCCGACAUCAGCAUGAUUGGUCAGUUUGGUGUAGGUUUCUACUCUUGCUAUCUCGUAGCUGAUCGCGUGACUGUUCACUCGAAACACAAUGAUGAUGAACAGUACCAGUGGGAGUCUUCUGCCGGAGGUUCCUUUACAAUUCGCCCAGACCACGGAGAGCCUCUCGGCCGCGGUACUAAGAUCGUUCUUCACAUCAAGGAGGACUUGACAGAGUACCUUGAAGACCACAAAAUCAAAGAGAUCGUGAAGAAGCACUCCCAGUUCAUCGGCUAUCCUAUCAAAUUGGCUGUCGAAAAGGAACGUGAAAAGGAACUUUCUGAAGAUGAAGCCGAAGAAGAGAAGGAAGAUGAAAAGUUGAUUGAAGAUGUGGGUGAGGAUCUAGACGAGGACAAGAAGGAGGGCAAGAAGAAGAAGAAAACUAUCAAGGAGGUAUACACUGAGGAUGAGGAGUUAAACAAGACCAAGCCAAUCUGGACUCGCAACGCUGAUGAUAUUACUCAGGAGGAGUAUGGUGAUUUCUACAAAUCACUGACCAACGAUUGGGAAGACCACCUUGCUGUGAAACACUUCUCGGUUGAGGGUCAACUAGAGUUCAGGGCUCUCUUGUUCGUACCACGUCGUGCUCCCUUCGACCUCUUCGAAAAUAAGAAGCGCAAGAACAACAUCAAACUGUAUGUACGCCGUGUCUUCAUCAUGGACAACUGUGAGGACCUGAUUCCCGAGUACCUUAACUUCAUUAGGGGUGUGGUCGACAGUGAAGACUUGCCCCUCAACAUUUCUCGUGAAAUGCUUCAACAGAACAAGAUCCUUAAGGUCAUUAGGAAGAACUUAGUUAAGAAAUGCUUAGAACUCUUUGAAGAAUUAGCAGAGGACAAAGAAAACUACAAGAAGUAUUAUGAACAGUUUAGCAAGAACUUGAAACUUGGUAUUCAUGAGGAUUCACAAAACAGGUCUAAGUUGGCUGACCUCCUACGUUACCACACAUCUGCAUCUGGCGAUGAGGCAUGCUCCCUUAAAGAGUAUGUAUCUCGCAUGAAGGAGAACCAGAAACACAUCUACUACAUCACUGGUGAAAACCGUGACCAGGUUGCUAACUCUUCCUUUGUAGAACGUGUCAAGAAGCGUGGUUAUGAAGUUGUGUACAUGACUGAACCAAUUGAUGAGUAUGUAGUACAACAAAUGAGGGAAUAUGAUGGCAAUUCUCUAGUAUCAGUAACCAAAGAAGGCUUGGAGCUUCCUGAGGAUGAGGAAGAAACCAAGAAGCGUGAAGAAGACAAAGUUAAGUUUGAAGGUCUCUGCAAAGUCAUGAAGAACAUACUAGACAACAAAGUUGAAAAGGUUGUUGUAUCUAACCGUUUAGUAGAGUCGCCAUGCUGCAUUGUCACUGCCCAGUACGGCUGGACCGCUAACAUGGAGCGUAUCAUGAAGGCACAGGCUCUCCGUGACACUUCAACCAUGGGUUACAUGGCUGCCAAGAAGCAUUUGGAAAUCAACCCUGAUCAUUCCAUUGUUGAGACCCUGCGUCAGAAGUCAGAGGCUGACAAGAAUGACAAAGCUGUCAAAGACUUGGUCAUCCUGCUGUACGAGACUGCUCUUUUGUCAUCUGGAUUUGCUUUGGAUGAGCCUCAGGUACAUGCAUCUCGCAUCUACCGCAUGAUCAAGCUCGGUCUGGGCAUUGAUGAAGAUGAGCCUAUCCAGGUUGAAGAGACAAGCGCUGGAGAUGUACCACCACUUGAAGGGGAUGCCGAUGAAGCUUCACGCAUGGAGGAAGUAGACUAA